GGAUGCAUGAAGAGACAGUGAGGCUGAUAAAAGGAUAACGUUAAAACAGCCGAGAAACAUCAAGCUAGCGCUGUACAACAUUUGAGAAAUAAACGUUAGCUCAUUACAUUUCAAGAAUCAACCAAAACAUAACGCCUGUAAACACAGAGCAAUACGCAGGGCUAAUACAAAGCGGUAUAAACACAAAUACCAGCUCUGGUCAACACAUACAACACGUAGAGCUAUCUGAGUACAACACUUCAGGCGACUGUUGGAUAGCUCCGCGAUCUUUCUGUCCAAGUUCUUCUCUCCACUCCGGCCGAUGUGGACUGAUUCAGAGCUGGGCCAUCAUGAUGCCAGUGAACUUUCUGGUCACUCAUUGGCUGACCAGCUUAAUACCAGCAGCAUCAUGUCCGUGAACCCUCCAAGCAGCAAUGACGCCUGCCUCAGCAUCGUCCACAGCCUCAUGUGCCACCGGCAGGGCGGAGAAAAUGAGGGCUUCGCCAAGCGGGCAAUCGAGAGCCUGGUGAAGAAGCUGAAGGAGAAGAAGGACGAGCUGGACUCACUCAUCACCGCCAUCACCACCAAUGGUGUCCACCCCAGCAAGUGUGUCACCAUCCAGAGGACGCUGGACGGACGCCUGCAGGUGGCAGGGAGGAAAGGCUUCCCUCAUGUCAUUUAUGCACGGCUGUGGCGCUGGCCCGACCUCCACAAAAAUGAACUCAAGCAUGUCAAGUUCUGCCAGUACGCCUUCGACCUGAAGUAUGACAACGUGUGUGUCAAUCCCUACCAUUAUGAGAGGGUGGUGUCACCCGGCAUCGUUGGUCUAAGCCUUCAAAAUGCUGCCCCACCAGGCGGACUGAUCAAAGAGGAAUACAUCCAUGAUUGUAUACAGAUGGACCUCCCACCUGGCAUGCCUCUGUCAGACCACCAAGCGGCCCUGAAGCUGCCUCCUCCUGACCACUAUGGUCAACCUUUGCCUCCACCUCAGCUGUCUUCUGAGCCCCAUGGACCCCCACCUGUCACCAGAUACACUAACCUGCCUGUCUCACCCAAAGUGUCCAGCUCUGGCGCCAUGCUACCACUGCAGGGCAGCCAUGGUGACGGCCGUCUCCAAACUGCAUCUCCACAGGCUCAAGUCAUGACCCCGGCACCGCGACCUCCGACCCCAACCCAGCCUCCUCCUCAGCAACAGGCCGCCCAGCAAGCCUCACAGCCACCCCACCCACAACAACCCUCCCUACCUCCUUCUCACUCGCACGGACAGAAUGGAUACAGCAGCAAUAAACACUCUCCGGCUGCCUUCCACACAGUUUGGACAGGCAGCAGCACAGCCUCCUACACUCCCAUAGGACCCCAGCAGAAUGGGCGUGGUCACCAACAACCCCCCCUCCAUCACCCAAACCACCACUGGUCUCAGCAUCAUGGCUCAACAACUUUCCCUCCCUCUGUGUCCAAUCAUCCAGGACCAGAGUUUUGGUGCUCUAUCUCCUACUUUGAAAUGGACGUUCAGGUGGGUGAGAUGUUCAAGGUGCCCUCCAGCUGCCCUGUAGUGACUGUGGAUGGUUAUGUUGACCCGUCAGGAGGCGAUCGCUUCUGCCUCGGCCAGCUGAGUAACGUCCACCGCACAGAUGCCAGUGAGAGAGCCAGGUUACACAUCGGUAAAGGCGUGCAGCUGGAGUGUCGUGGUGAGGGCGAUGUGUGGAUGCGCUGUAUGAGUGACCACGCCGUGUUUGUACAGAGCUAUUACCUCGACAGAGAGGCAGGCCGAGCACCAGGCGAUGCUGUGCACAAGAUCUACCCCGGAGCCUACAUCAAGGUGUUUGACCUGCGGCAGUGCCACAGACAGAUGCAGCAGCAGGCAGCGACGGCUCAGGCUGCGGCUGCUGCACAGGCGGCUGCUGUGGCAGGAAGUAUUCCCGGUCCAGGCAGCGUUGGAGGCAUCGCACCUGCAGUUAGUCUGUCUGCGGCAGCGGGGAUUGGUGUGGAUGACCUGAGGCGACUGUGCAUCCUGCGGCUCAGCUUCGUGAAGGGGUGGGGGCCCGACUACCCCCGGCAGAGCAUCAAACACACGCCCUGCUGGGUGGAGGUUCACCUGCACCGCGCUCUGCAGCUUCUGGAUGAGGUGUUGCACACUAUGCCUUUGGCAGACCCAGGGCCUGCUAACUGAGGACCAAGACCAUGUUCAAAUUCCAAUCUGGAUUGUAUGAAUGUGCACACAGACACGUUUGGAUAUUUUUGCUUCAGGCCAAAUAUGCUAUCUAAUUGAUACACAAAGCAAAUCAAUCAAAACCACACAGAAAACAUAAAUGACCAAUAACACGUUAUGCUUGUAACAAUCAAUACAGACAUCACACUGUCUCACACACACACACACACACACACACACACACACACACACACUCUAACCAAAAGGUCUGUAGCCACACAGACAGAACAGUGCUGAUGUCUUUGGGAUCCUUCUGUUGCUUUACUCUCUACAAUCUAAACUCAAACACAAGAGCGUUGGAUCUCUGAAGGUUAAGAUUUUGAGUUUUUGUGUUUUGACCAAUUUGUCUCUGUCCUAAAAGACAUUUGUAUGCACUGUAGGAAUCCAGGGAUGUGUUUCAAAAGUCCAGUUCCUCUAUAUGCAAUUUGGAUUUCUUCUAAUUGUAGAAGCAUUCUUCACAGUCAUUCAUGGAAUACACACACAGACAUGUAAAAAUCAUACAUGAUUCAGCUGCAGGGGCAGACAGAUUACUGCAUACCUCUGGAACAUGCUGUCAGUAGAUCCACAGUGAAUACAGACAGCAUUGCAGUUCUCUUUACGUCUUAUCAGCAGCAGAACUGAUGUAGAAGUAUGGAUUAAGGAAACCAGUGUUAUGUCAUCUCUGUGCUUGUACUGUGCUCUUCACUGUAUGUUGAUCUAAACUCAAACAGUUAGCAUUGAUAGCUGGUUAGUCCUCUUAUUACUCUCAGCUCAAGCUACAUUAUUUUUGUACCAAAAGACUAAAAAGCCAAAAACAGUUAGCUUUAAAGUAGUGUUGUUGUUCUUUGUAAUGAAACAGUGCUACCCUGUCUGUAACCAAAUGGUUGGUGUGAAUCACCAAAGCCAGAAUACCUCAUAAUUGCAGUGCAAAGUCACAGUUUAGUUUUCCACCUAAACCGCACACUCUUUCUUCAUCAUUUGUGAGGGGUACCCAAACCCCCCCCAAAACAGAAAGUGCUAACACUGACGCCCUCUGAUAGCAUCCUGACUGCAACACUACAUUUAGUCAGCUUUGUAUUUAUUUAGGUUUCUAAUGUACCGUGCUGUAAUGUGUACUGGCAGUGCUGGUUGACUGAUACGUGUUACUGUGGAACAUGAGUUAUACUGUACAGCUUCUCAUGGUUAAUGAAAGCAGCCAUCAGAGAGAGAAACCCGAGUGCUUGGGUCGUCUGACCAAACAUCAGGCUCCAACCUGUGCCUUUCUGUUCUCUGGUCUGACCCGUCAGGAUGUCACCUCUUGCAGUUUAUUUGAACUCUGGCUUGUUGUCUCCAUUACCUCCAGGUCCAUGCAGGAUGAAAACGGUGACUUAGGCCUGCUCAGUCUGGCAGGGAGCUGUGUGGCUCUCUGUCUCCCUGAACUCUCCUGGUGAUCACUCAUUAUAAAUGACAGUAUAGCUGAUCACACAGCACAGCUCUCAUCAUCAUUAACCUGCGUUUGUGCUGAUUUUGUCUCAUGACUUUGUGAUUACAGAAUACAGAUUAGUGUCUUAUCUUACCAUCAGGAGUGCGGAAAUUUCCAACCAAGUUUCCUCAUAUAGAAGCUGCUGAGAGACACCUCUGAAAAUGAAAUUGGAUUAAAUUAGACUGAAGUCAGCGCUUCUUUAUUUCAAAAUAAGAGUGCACUGGAAUCUGGAUGAGACAGAACUGGAUCCUUACGGCCUGGAUUAGUGGCCCUGAACAUUUGAAGAGUGGGGCCCAGGAUGGGCAUGUCCAGGCACCUCUGUGUAGUUAGUAUUUGUGCCCCCAUGACCUCACUGAAGCAGAUGUGAUUCUGUCCCUUUGUGACAACAACAGAUGUCUGGAGAAAGCUAGCUAAAUGCUUUCCUUCUGAUUCUAUUGGAAUUUCCUGUUUUCAUCACCUCUCCUUCUUUGAGGAAAACUUUCACAAGUUGUUUGGUUGGUCACUGAAUUUCAAACUUGAGUUACUGUUUAAUUGUUCCUGCUCACAUGAAAGAAUAGUAAAGAACGGAUGGGGAAACUUGAAAUCAUCUUCAAACAGUCCUCAGCUGCCACAUGUACUCUGAAAGAGUGAACAGUUGCUGUAACCAUUCUUCCUGCUCAUAGUGGCCGUGGAGUGAUACCUUUGCCAGUGAGCCCAAAUAAAGAGGCCGAGGGCAGAAUCCACAGUCCUCGUUCUGUGUGACAAUACUUUCAAGCUAAUAUGAAGCUUCAGCGGCCUGAGCUAAUCAAAUCAAAGAGAAUUUAAGUGAGUUCUUGGGUUAGAACUUACCUCCCCUUUGUGUUUCCACUGAUCGUGUUUCUUGGACUUAACACUGAUACGUUCUAAUAAGUUGAAUGUAGGCUUGUAGUCAGGACAAAAAACUAGCAUUAAACUCUAUAUGCAAUGGAAGCACCCACUGGAUUUGUCUAACUGAGACUAUUCAGCUGAUGAUGAAUAUGUUUUUGUGUUGAUGGACUGUGGGUUUUGGCCCCCAUUUCUUACAGUAGUAAGUAUUAGUGUUAAGAAGGAAUCACUCCCCAGCCAGUAUGAAGACGAGGAACGAUUACGACCACCCAUAACUCAGCAUGCGUAUGGCAUAUGCAUGUUGUAUAGAAGAGACUUGAGAUAAUAUGAAGGUGUCCUUAAAGCCAAAGCCCAGCAGAUACUGCACACCCCAGAUGACACAUUACAGAAGCAUACAUACAGAGUUCAAAUAAACUGCUCCAAACAGGCUUGUUGUGAACCUGGUCUUAUAUAUCGACUAGACUGAGUGGACCAUUAGACAGACGUCUGCUCUCCUGAGGCAGACACUAGACUUGACUAAAAAGGGUACAAUAAAAUCAGUGUCAAAAGGUACAAUCUUUGGACAAAUGGAACUGUGCUAUAAUGAGAAUAUUGUUUGUUGACCUAGAUCCAAAUGUGAAUAAACAUACCAACGAGUGUCUCCGUGGAGCCGAGGUUUGUGAGAUGAGAGGUGUUGUUUGACUGUCAGGAAACGUUUGUCAUCUGAUUCAGCUGCUUUACGAAGCUCAGCCGUUAACAUAUGCAUAUUUGUGAUUUGUGCCUUUUGUUGUCAACCGUAAAUGCACCAACACUGGGUUGUAAGACGGACGCGAGUUUGUCUUUCUACACAUGAAGAUUCAUGUUGCACAUUGUGUUUUGGUUUUCAGCUGUUCAAAAUCUUUUGAUGGUAUUCUGUGGUUCCCUCAGGUAUCUGUGUAGCUCAUUGAAGAUAUCACAAUGUGUCAAACUGCAUUAUAGAGAUAGAAGAACUAUUAACAAAGCACUCAUCAUACCUGAGUAGUAUUAUUUAUUGCCUUAGUCUUUUGUGAGUGUAAAAUAUGAAUGAAUAUGCUUGGCACUAUUUUAAUCUUAGCAUGGACAACACAAGUAGGUGUCAUAUUUAUCUGUUCUCCUCCACCCAUAUUCAGGGAAGUGCUAGUGUCCAAGUAGGCUUUCUCAGAAAAUGAGCAAAUUCAUCAUCAUCAUCAUCAUCAUCAGAGGAUUAUCCUGAUCUCUCUCGCAUCACGUCACUGCCAUGAUGUGUCCAGAAAUGCUUCGCGGUUAACACGUGUAUGUUGCCACUCCCAGAAACUAAAGCCAGGCUUCAGCUUCAUGGAAUCACUACUGUUUUUCUACUUGUAGUUUUAAUCAGCAGUUUGGAUUGAUGAAGGUGGAAGCAUCCACGCGUGAGCUGCAGAGCUCCUCAUCUGAAUGCUGCCUGAGGGCCUUUUCACAUUUGGGCCACCUGAAGAGGUUUUGAUAAUAUUUAGUUUUAUGGGUUUGGCAUUUCCUGAUAAUUUGCAUGCAAAUCUAGAAAUGAGCUUUUUAUUUGGUACUAAUUCAUGGGAAGAAAUGCUUUAUUUAAACCAAGAGAAACAUGCAUUACUCACUGAUUAUUUGACACUUCAUGCUGCCUUUAGCUGAACUGCUACACACUGACUAAAAAGACUGGAUUACACUAGCAAUUCAAUGGAAUUAAUUAACUGGAAGUGUACCAACAGAAUGUUGCCUCUGUUUCCCCAUAAUUUAAACCAGAUUACGUAGUUCUUUCCAGGACACAUCUUGUAAAUGUGUCCUGGAUUACAGACUCAUUAAAUAAGUCAUCACAGUUUUUCGACUCGAGGCCGGUUUCAGAGCGUUUGAUGAAACUGCUGUCCCAAAGACAGCUUUCUCAGGUCCACCUCAAAUCUCAGUUCUGAAUUUUAUUUCUAUUGAGUCCACACUGGACUGUGUGAAAAGCCAGCUUCUCCACAAAAUGAUUGAUGAAUAUGAUUGGUUGCCACAUCUGUUGUUUGAUAGUAUGAAUACAGUGGACUAUGUACCAGUAUAAAAACACGUAAUAAAACUUCAAAAUUGUAGAAACAUUUCGACUGAUCAAUGCAAUCGUUUUAGCCUGGAUGUGCCGCUGUCUGCAGUGAAAACGUGGUGGACGUUCUGAGCCCUGCCCUGUGUGAAUGUGCUGCUGCAUGAUGGCUGCUCUCAUGUCUCAUUGCAUGGACCAAAGUAAAUGCUGAGAGAGAAAGUGUCUUACACAGUGUCAAAAGACACUGCUCCUCACACAAGUGUCUUUUGUGUUUACAACACUAGUACACUUCACGUAUGUGAUGGAGAUGAUGUGCAGUGGGUGUGUUUGAUUCCUGCCUGCAGUAACCCACACACAAACCAAAGCCUGGUCCAGAUUCAAGGGUCUCUGGACCACGUCUUGAAAUUCCUCUGAAAGAAGUUUAACUCAAGAUGCACUGACUAGCUUUUUGUCUCUCAGCCUUGACUCGUUUUCUUCAUCAGUGGAUGGACUUGGCUCAGGCAGACAGAACGAGGUGAGCAGACUGUGAGCAGUGUGUUCUGUAGAGUUAAAGUUUGUAUUGUCAUACCACCGUUCCCGAGGUCAAAACUUUCAUACUGUAGUUCUGAAAGAAGCUUUGGACCAGUACAUGUAGAAUACUUUUUUGUGGCCACUUUUUCUUCACCCUUGUGUGUGAUCAAAGGUACAAGGAUCGGAACAAUAACAGGAACAGCAACUACAUUAAACAGUGCUGUAGGUUUGUCACAAGCUCUGCCUUGAUGUCGGGUAAUUUGCACAGAGGUACACAGCAAGCUCUGUUUCUCUGGGUGUCUUGGUUGUGUUUUAUUUUCUUGGGAUUAAAGUAAUACCUCUCCUCUGUGGGCUUGAAAUGUGGCUCUAGUAAGUUUUGGCUCUGAGGAUGGCAGCUGUAGUUACAAUAGAUGCUUCCAUACAUCCAAUAAAGAACAGUGCAUGUAGCUCAAACAGAGCUAACAGCUGGAUUCAUCCUCCAUCCUCUGACUGAUAGAUGCAGGAGGGGGCACAGGCAGCAGGAGGAGGGUCUAUCUGUCGUCUCGUAGACCACAUGACACCACUACUUUACUACAACCCUAAUUCCAAAAAGUGUAAACGCUGUGUAAAGCAGAAAUAUAGCAGAGUGUGAUCAUUUGCUAAUCCUAAUGUACUCAAUUGUCAAUCGUAGAGUACAAAGACAAUAUAUUUAAUGUUUGACCUCAUCAGCGUCAUAGAUUUGUGUAAAUAUCUGCUUAUUCUGAAUUUGAUACAGCAACAUGUUUCAAAGGUUGGGACAGGAGCAACUAAAGACUGG